AUGGCCACUGUCAAGCCUACUCCACCAAAUCCUGAGAAUCUUGCCAACAUUUUCGGCGAGCUCUAUACUACCUGGGCCAUUGACUCCGAUGACCGCAGCAUUCCGGCCGCGCUGAAGCGCCUCUUCGGUCGCAGUCGCGCCUUCUGGAUGGACCCAGUACUGCGCCGCUUCAGAUGGACCCUCUUAACCGGCUUAAACAUGCCACGGGAUCCCGAUCACCCACUGGACCCCGCCAUACGCUUGCCAGGUGUACAUGCGGCGCUCCAGGCCCGCGCCGAUAUGCGUUAUGUCCCGGAGCGCACGAAGCUUGUGCACACCGCUGACGAAGUCAACUUCUUAAGCUUGAGCCCCGUCGAGCUGGCCCUGGAGGCAAGCCUCGUGCAUCAGCUGCGCUGUUACAACGUCCAGAACACCCCGAGCUCCCAACUUGACCUUGGCAUCCACCACACAGGUACAAGGUACCGCCUGGCACCCAAUGCAGUGGAUGUUAAUCACUUCGAGAGCGAGGCCUUAAUAGGCGAUAACCGUUUACUACCGCAGCGCCUCAUGUACUUCGUCGUGACGACGGCAGCCCACACUCCUGCUAUUAUGGAGGCUUAG